AGCAAAAGCAGGCACUUGAUCGGCCCACCACCCCACGCCGAUCGAUCAUAAGGAACCCAAUUCCCUUCGCCGUCGCCUUCUGGCUUCCCCUUUUUUUCCUCUCUCUCUCGCCCCGGCGCCUGAGCGCUCCACCAUCCCCUGCUUCCCCUGCUCCGCCCAUGGCGGCCGGUGGUGGUGGCGGCGCCGGCCCGCCUCCCACAGGGCCGCCGCCGAUGCAGCGGAAGCUGGCCGUCGAGGUGGUCGACGCGCGCGACCUCGUGCCCAAGGACGGGCUCGGCACGUCCAGCGCCUUCGCGGUCGUGGACUUCGACGGCCAGCGGAAGCGCACGCGCACCGCGCCGCGGGACCUCAACCCGCAGUGGCACGAGCGCCUCGAGUUCGAAGUGCACGACCCGGCCAACAUGCACGCCGAGGCGCUCGACGUUUCGCUCUACCACGACCGCCGCUUCAACCCCUCCGGCGGCGGCGGCGGCAAGAACCACUUCCUCGGCCGCGUCCGCAUCUACGGCUCCCAGUUCUCGCGCCGCGGCGAGGAGGGCAUCGUCUACUUCCCGCUCGAGAAGCGCAGCCUGCUCAGCUGGAUCCGCGGUGAGGUCGGGCUCAAGAUUUACUACUACGACGAACCGGCGGACGGGCCGCCGCCGCCACCACCGGAGGACAAGCCGCCGGAGCAGGCCGACAACGCGCCGCCGAUGGAGGUCCCUCCGGAAGCGCCCAAGGAGCUCCAGGAGAUGCCCGCGCCGACCGAGGCCGCCGUCGAGGUGCAGCAGCCGGCGGCGCAGCCUCCAAUCAUUACAGUGGAGGAAGCGCCCAUGCACCCACCGAUGAUGAUGAUGCCGCCGAUGCACGGGACACACGGGCCGCACGGCCCUAUGAUGCCGCCAAUGCACGGCCCCCAUCGCCCCAUGAUGCCGCCGCCGAUGUACGGGCCGCACGGGCCAAUGACGCCGCCGCCACCGGAACCGCAGCCGCAGCCGGAGCCAGAGCCCGCGCCGGAGCCGGAGGCCGGCGACCAGUACCCUCCCGAGGUGCGCAAGACGCGGAUGGCGUCGAGCACGGAGCGCGUCCGCGUCAUGCGCCACCCGAGCGGCGGCCUGGCCCCGGAUUACUACGCUUCAUCGCCCCGCGUCAUCUCCGGGCGGUUCGUCUCCACCGGCGAGUCCGUGGAGCCCGUACAGUCGUCGUCGUACGACCUGGUGGAGCCGAUGCGCUACCUGUUCGUGCGCGUCGUGCGGGUGCGCGGCAUCCGCGCCUGCGAGGGCCCCUACGUCAAGGUCCAGGCCGGCCCGUACUCGCUCCGGUCGCGGCCCGGCCGCGACGUCUCCGGCACCGGCAACCCCGAGUGGAACCAGGUGUUCGCCAUCAGCCACGCCAAGCCGGAGCCCACGCUGGAGAUCUCCGUGUGGGACGGAGGGGCGCCCUCCCCCGCCGAAGCCUUCCUCGGCGGCGUGUGCUUCGACCUCUCCGACGUGCCGGUCCGCGACCAGCCCGACGGCCCGCUGGCUCCGCAGUGGUACCGGCUCGAGGGCGGCGAGCCGGGCAUGGUGACGGGGGACAUCAUGGUGGCGGUGUGGAUCGGCACGCAGGCGGACGACGCGUUCCCGGAGGCGUGGAACACCGACGCGCCGUACGCCGCGUACACGCGCUCCAAGGUGUACCAGUCGCCCAAGCUCUGGUACCUGCGCGCGUCGGUCAUCGAGGCGCAGGACCUGCGCGUGCCGGCGCCCCCGCCGGGGCUCCCGUUCGACGUGCGCGUCAAGAUACAGCUCGGCUUCCAGUCGGCACGGACGCGGCGGUCGGUGGCGAGCAGCAGCGGCUCCGCGUUCGCGUGGUCCGAGGACCUCAUGUUCGUCGCGUCCGAGCCGCUGGACGACAACCUCAUCGUGCUUGUCGAGGAUCGGUCCAUGAUCAAGGAACCCUCGCUGCUCGGCCACGCCACCAUUCCGGUGGCCUCCGUCGAGCAGCGCCUCGACGAGCGGCAGAUCGUCGCGUCGAGAUGGUUCAACCUGGAAGGCGGGACGUCCGGCAUCGGCAUGCCUUCCAGCAAUGCCGGCGGCCCGCCGGCGUUCUACUCCGGGCGGCUGCACCUCCGGCUCUGCCUGGAAGGCGGGUACCACGUGCUCGACGAGGCGGCGCACGUGUGCAGCGACUACCGGCCGACGGCGAAGCAGCUGUGGAAGCCGCCGGUGGGCGUGCUGGAGCUGGGCAUCAUCGGCGCGUGCAGCCUGCUGCCGAUGAAGACCAAGGGCGGCGCCAAGGGGUCCACGGACGCGUACUGCGUGGCCAAGUACGGCAAGAAAUGGGUGCGCACGCGCACGGUGACGGACAGCCUGAACCCGCGGUGGAACGAGCAGUACACGUGGCAGGUGUACGACCCGUGCACGGUGCUGACGGUGGCGGUGUUCGACAACUGGCGCAUGUUCGCCGGCGCCGGCGACGAGCGGCAGGACUACCGCAUCGGCAAGGUGCGCGUGCGCGUGUCGACGCUGGAGAGCAACCGGGCGUACACGGCGUCGUACCCGCUGCUGGUGCUGCUGCGGUCGGGGUUGAAGAAGAUGGGCGAGGUGCAGCUGGCCGUGCGGUUCUCGUCGCCGGCGCAGCUGCCGGACACGUGGACGACGUACACGUCGCCGCUGCUGCCGCGCGUGCACUACCUGCGGCCGAUCGGCGUGGCGCAGCAGGAGGCGCUCCGCGGCGCGGCGGUGCGCACGGUGGCAACGUGGCUGGCGCGGUCGGAGCCGCCGCUGGGGCCGGAGGUGGUGCGGUACAUGCUGGACGCGGACGCGCACACGUGGAGCGUGCGGCGCGCCAAGGCGAACUGGUUCCGCAUCAUGGGGGUGCUGGCCUGGGCCGUCGGGCUGGCGCGGUGGCUGGACGGUGUGAAGCGGUGGCGCAACCCGUCGACGACGGUGCUCGUGCACGCGCUGUACCUGGUCCUGGUGUGGUACCCGGAGCUGGUGGUGCCGACGGCGUCGCUGUACGUGUUCAUGAUCGGCGUGUGGUACUACCGGUUCCGGCCGCGGGGCCCCGCCGGGAUGGACGCGCGGCUGUCGCAGGCGGACACGGUGGACGGCGACGAGCUGGAGGAGGAGUUCGACCCGGUGCCGCCGCCGGACGUGCUGCGGCUGCGGUACGAGCGGCUGCGCGCGCUGGCGGGGCGCGUGCAGCGGGUGAUGGGCGACGUGGCGGCGCAGGGGGAGCGGCUGCAGGCGCUGGUGAGCUGGCGGGACCCGCGCGCGAGCCGGAUCUUCGUGGGCGUGUGCCUCGCCGUGGCCGUGGCGCUGUACGCCAUGCCGCCCAAGAUGGUGGCCGUGGCAGGCGGGUUCUACUACCUGCGCCACCCCAUGUUCCGGGACCCCAUGCCGCCGCCGGCCGUCAACUUCUUCCGCCGCCUGCCGAGCCUCUCCGACAGGCUGCUCUGACCUCUGAGAGCGGCGCGGGCGUGUUCUUCUUUUUUUUCUUCCCCACCACCCUGAUUAAUAUUCCCCAUUUUGCUGUAAUAACGAUCGUGCAACUGAUGUAUCGGAUCAGAGAGAGAUAGAAUCAAACAACAUUGAGAUUGAUGUAUU